ACUCAACGGCGUGAUUCGGUGAUUUGGUGAAAGACGUGAAACAUGGCGCUCACCGAAGUUUGUGGUGUUAAUAAUACAAUUAAUUUUAAUAAAACACGAGAAAAUGACGAUGUGGAGAGUGAAUUCAACGUUGGGAAUUUUAUGAACGGUUAUCAACUGUCCUUGCCUCCUUAUGCAAACCCUGCAGAGAAACUUGCAGAAUUUAAUAACGAUACCAAUACUUUGGGAAAGGGGAUUAAAAUAAAAUUCAAUCAUGGAACAACAACUUUGGGUUUUAUUUACAAAAAUGGAAUUAUUCUCGCUGUCGACUCGCGAGCCACUGGUGGCAAUUUUAUUGGAUCGCAAUGCGUAAAGAAAGUCGUCGAAAUCAACGAUUAUUUACUGGGAACAAUUGCCGGGGGUGCUGCAGAUUGCGUUUAUUGGGAUCGUGUCUUAGCGAAACAAUGUCGCUUAUAUGAAUUGAGAAACAGAGAACGUAUUUCUAUUGCUGCCGCUAGUAAACUUAUGACAAACAUGGUCUAUAACUACAAGGGAAUGGGUCUCAGCAUCGGAAUGAUGAUUGCUGGUUGGGAUAAGCGUGGACCUUCACUUUACUAUGUUGAUUCGGAGGGAACAAGAACAACAGGACAAGUAUUCAGUGUUGGUUCCGGUUCAUUGUUUGCUUAUGGAGUUUUAGAUUCACUUUACGAUUGGAAUUUAGAAGAUGAAGCAGCCUAUGAUCUUGGUCGGCGUUCAAUUUAUCACGCGACCCAUAGGGACGCUGCAUCCGGUGGAAUUGUUCGAGUUUAUCACAUGAAACCAACUGGAUGGGUUCAUAUUUCUAACGAUGACUGCAAGGAUCUUCAUUACAUGUACGCGGAUGAGAAAUUACAAGCUCAGGGACCAUCAUAAUUUAAAAUUUCUUUUUUUUAAUAUGUCACAGGUGAUAAGCUCUUUUUGUUUAAUAAAACUAUUUCUAAUUUGAUUCAAGUAAAAA